AUGGCUGGCCGCAAGACAUUAUUGGCGCCCAUCCACUUCAUCUUCAGCCUGCUGCAGAAGCGCAGCACGGUGUCUAUCUGGCUGUACGAGCAGCUGGCCUUCCGGAUCGAGGGCAAGAUCAGGGGCUUUGACGAGUUCAUGAACCUGGUCAUUGACGAUGCGGUCGAGGUGCGCCUGCCGACCAAGAGUGAGGAGGAGAAGCGGAGGCCGCUCGGUAGGUCCAUGUCUCUCCUGGCACCAGGAAUCGCAGCUAACGCGAGUGCGCAAACAGGCCAGAUCCUGCUCAAGGGCGACAAUGUCUCCCUGAUCCAAGCUGUUUGA